GUAGAAUGUGCGGGGUGAACGGGAGAAAGCUAUAGCACAGCUGCAAGAAAGAACGCUUAUUUUGUUGUUGUUGCCCCCGCCUGCAGUUUUAUGAAAUAUUAAGAUCAUUGAUCUAAAGCCAAGCCGUCGACCUGACAGCAGCCGGCGUGUGUUCAAAUCCAUGGACAAAGAGAAGUGUGGCGACGUCCGUCCUCAGUGCUCCUGGAUGGAGGUGCAUCAGUUCAUUGGUGACCUUAUCACAUCUGGAAACGCCUUGCAGGAUCAGCCAGAUGUGGUGAACGCAGCAUGGGGCGUGGCUGCUGCUGCUGCUGCUGCUGCUGCUGGUGGUGGUGGUGGUGGGGUUGAGGCGCUGCGAUUCAAAGGUGCCUCACUCGAACCCCUGCAACAACUCCGACCUGUCCGGGACAAGUCGGAGGCAGAGCCAGGUCGACGGAUCCAGCCCGGGACGGCACACAGGAAGGGACAGGCCCGAGACAAGAGACAAGAUGUGCAUAAUGUCUGCACCUGUCCUGGCUGCCCGUCAGCUACUUCUCCACCUUCCUUAGAGACUUUAAAACCAAGGCAGUCUGUGGCCGCGCCCCCUCCCUCGGCCGCGUUGUGCCACCCCAAAGACCUCCGCGGUGCAGCUUCCAUGAGCCUACCCGAAACCCCUGAACCGAGCAGCACCACAUCCGAGCUAGAGAGCACAGCGUCUGUUCAGCCGCAGAGGGAGGACCAAGAGCAAACUCCUCCCACCAGAGCGUCCUCGGGCUCCUUCUCCCACCUCCCCAUGUUCCCCUGCUUGUGUUGCCAUCGCAGCCUUCAGACCUGCGGCCAGAUGCUGAGCAACCAGGAAGGCACAGACCCACCCUUUCCUCAUGGCCACCAUCCUUUUCAUCGCCACCAGUGUCCCGUGACCUCUUGCCUUCCCUGCCCUCAGCAGGCCCGCCCCCUCGCGCCGCAGUUCCCCAGCCCCUUUCCCUGCUUGCCCUGCCAGGGCUCCUUUCCUACCCGCUCUCAGGUCUGCCACCACCAGCACAGGCAAACACACGCUCCGCAGCAGGCGCAACGAGCCAGGGCGGCUACGGCCAUUUUGUCGCUCCAUCCCUGCAUGCACUGCUCCGCAUCUUUCGCCCGACCGUCCCAGCUGCUGCAGCACCAGCGCGCCGAGCACGCCCUAAAGCCAUCCGGCUUCCUCUGCACGGAGUGCGGCAGGGCCUUCAACUCGCACAGCAACCUCCGCAUCCACCUCAAUGUGCACACCGGCGCCCGGCCCUACACCUGCUCCGACUGCGGGAAGAGUUUCAGCCAGUCGGGCGCUCUGAAGAUCCACAGGCGGAUUCACACCGGUGAAAGGCCGUAUUCCUGUGGGUUUUGCGGCAGGGGGUUUCCCCAUCUGGCGGGGGUCCGGGCCCAUCAGAGGACCCACACAGGUGAGAAGCCCUACUGCUGUAGCCAGUGCGGCAAAUGUUUCACCCAGUCGGGAGCCCUCAAGAUUCACACGCGCAUCCACACGGGAGAGCGGCCCUUCACCUGCAGCUUUUGCGAGAAGAGCUUCUCCAACCGCUCCGGGAUCCGCUUCCACUACCGCACGGUCCACGGGCUGAGCCCCGAGCACGCCGGACCAGCCGGACCGGCUGGACGUAGCUGUCCGCCUGGGCGUCCCAGGAGUUUUCCUCCAACCAACAUGGUGAUGAAUACACCCAACAGCGCGGAUAGCAGCGCGCACGCCGCCCCCGAGUGCGCCGAGCCUCCGGCCGCCGGUCAGGCUGCUAAUGGGAGCAAGUCGCAGUCAGAGGGAACAAGCCCAGGCGGCAACAGAGGGACGCUUGUGUACACAUGCGAGGACUGUGGCCUGCGCUUUAAGGACGCCCCGUCCAGAAACAGGCACCAGGCUCUGAUGCACUACUCGGACGGGGAUGAGGAGGAGGAGGAGGAGGAGGCAGGGGAAGAAUUAAGCACAAACAAGAGGGUCCACGAUAACAGCGGGGAGUGAAACAUAAAAACAUCUGAGUAAAUGGUGAAUAAGAUUCCAUGUUAAAAUCAUGCGUGCAAUACUGAUGGUAAAGGUGCAAUUUCCAUGGUUGAGACCAUUUCUAUUGGCUCUCAAUAGCCAGCGGGUAAAGGCUAAUGAUGCUGACAGAGCGUUUACCGGGAGAACAACCUCACAUGCACUAAAAGAAUGUGCACGGAGCAAGCGGGACCUCCAAACACACACAGAGGGAAAGGGGACUUCUGUGAAGUUGUUUUAAUGCGCUUAAUCCCGUACAUUGCACAUUUAAAGUGGCUUUGAUUUGAAAUGUUGAUUUGGGCCGUCCCUGUGGACAACAGUGUUUCCAAGCACCAGGGCCCCAUUUAGAAAAACCAGCAAUACGCCCAUCUGCUCGCUGAUGGCUUUGUGUACUGGUGUGGGCAUGUGGCUCAUAUAAAGCUAACAGUAUUAAACUGUUUCCUGAUCAGUUCUUAGUUUAACUUAAAGUUUUGCUCCUCAGUCUUUGCUGUAGCACUUCUCUAUUUGCAAGGUUUCCAGCUGCCUGAUUUGGCAAAUUCAUCACUGCCGCAGGCUUCACAUCUUUUUGAAAAUGACCUCUGACACCGUGUUGCUGCAAUCACACACAAGGCCAACUUAUUAAGUCUUUUUCUUAAUAGAGUUGUUUUAUUGUGCCUUAUCCAGCAGGGUUAGAGGUCAGCGAGGCAAAAACUAAAUGUGAAACCACAAUGCUUAUUAAAGCAGUUCAAUUACAAUUACAUUUGUUGAGGGGUUAUAUUGAAAAGAUUAAAAAUAUAUAACGCCUGGUAAUGGGGAAAGUUUUCAAUCUUCUUCUUUUAAUACAACAGCAAUGACUGACAGUUUAGUUGAAUUAGUUUCUUUCUCUUAGCAAUUUAAUCUUUUUAUUCCACACAGAGAUAUAUGAAAAUAUUAACUUUGGAUAGAAAAGUUGAAUUACA